AUGGCGAAGUCAAUAAUCAACAAACAUAGAAAAAGAGGAGUCCAACUACGGUCAGCCCCUCGCAAGUUCAAGCCAACAUUGCGCACAAAGACACAUAACUCUAUCACAAGGCCCAAGUCACCUCAACAACUAGCCAAGGAAAAGGAUCAUAAAAGCGUAACCAGCAAACGGGAUCCGAACAAUAACAGCAGCAGCAACAGCAACAACAAAGACAAGAAUGUUACCCCUGAGCAAAUCCGGGAGAAAGCACGUGUCAGCCACAAUCUAGCUGAGAGACAAUACCGCGCCAAGUUGAAUUCGAAUUUCGAAGUCUUAUUAGACGCACUACAGGAGUGCGGUUACUUGAUCGAGGAUAUCCCGAUAACGAUCGACGGCGAAGACUCUGCGAUGGACGACUCGGCGGCUGGAGGACCUGACCCCGAGGAUCACAGGGGGUAUCACCGAGACAAUGGGGAUAAAGUUGUCGCAGCGGCUGCCAGGCAUGUUGGAAGACCAGAAUGUGGGCGAGGUGACGCUGUACAGGACAGUAGGGGAAGGAGCGGCAGUCAGCAGCAGCAGCCUCGCCGGAUCAGCAAGGCCGAUGUCCUCAACUUUGCCGCUCAGGUCCUUUGUCUUCAGAAACAUAAGCUUGAAGAAAAGGAAAAGGAGGUACAGGAGAAGGAUGAAAGACUAUCGAGGUUGUUGGUCUCAUUGAGGAGCAUUGGUAUAAAGCCGGCGGACUCUUUGAUGUUAGGAUCUGAGUGA